AUUUCUUUACAAGCAAGUCAAAUGAAAUGAAAACAUACCCUUCUCAUUUAACCUUUUCUCUGAUCCUCUCUAACAUGGUAUCCAGAGCCAACAGCUUUACAGCAAAACCCUAAUUCUUUUCUUUUCCUUCUAUGGCAAUUGUUAAUCCCCACCCUUCCGCACCCCAAUAUUUUUCAACCGCCAUCGCUUAGAAACUUGAUGAUUCAAAUUAUCUUCACUGGCGACAACAAAUCGAACCUGUUCUCAAAUCGCAUAAGCUUUAACGGUUCGUCGUUAAUCCUUUGAUUCCCUCCCGCUAUCUAAAUGAUGAUGAUUGUGCCAUUGACAAGGUCAAUCCUGAGUACGAAGCUUGGGAAGUUCAGGAUCAGAUGUUGUUGACCUGGCUUCAAUCAACUUUGUCAAAAUCAAUUCUCUCUCGUGUCAUUGGCUCCGUUCACUCCUAUCAAGUCUGGGAAAAGAUUCAUGAAUAUUUUCACACGCAAACGAAGGCAUGCGCCCGUCAACUCCGUACUGAUCUUCGUACUACUUCUCUUGAUGGUAAAACAAUGCGCGAGUUCUUGUCUCAGAUCAAGAACAUUGCUGACGAACUUGCUGGCGUAGGACAUCCUUUUCCUCUUGACGAAUAUGUUGAUGCGAUUUUAGAAGGUUUACCACAAGAUUAUGCCCCGGUGGUUUCUGUUAUUGAAAGUAAGUUUGCUACUCCUCCAAUUGCUGAGGUUGAAGCUCUUCUUCUUGCGCAUGAAUCUCGCAACAACAGAUUUUGCAAACAAUCCUUCUCUCCUUCUAUUAAUUACACUCAUGGGUAUGCUCGAGGCAGUGUAAAUCAUGGUGGUGGCAAUAGUGGUCGUCGUGGAGGUAGUUCUGGUAGAGGUCGUGGAGGACGUUUUGCAAACUUUCAAUGUCAGAUUUGCUUAAAAUAUAGUCAUACCGCCAAUAUUUGCUUUUAUAGAGCUGAUGCAAAUUAUCACCCUCAUGACUCUUUGGUUCUCUAUGAUCCUUCGACUCUGCAACCUGUGCAGGUCAAUUCCCCCCCAUCCAUCACCAAAACCUCUAAUUCUUGGGGGAAUCCCACCUCCAAGCAACCCAGUCAAGACACUAAUGUCAACUCGGUCACUCCCAGUGCUAUGCUAGCUAAUACUCCUUCUCAGGGUGCUGUCAACUCUACUUGGAUCCCUGAUUCCGGUGCUUCCUUCCAUGUCACUGGUGAGCCUCAGAAUGUACAUCAGCUUGGUCACUUUGAUGGCCCAGACCAAAUUUUCAUUGGAAAUGGUCAAGGUUUGCAUAUUAAUGGUUCUGGUUUCUCCUCCUUCUUGUCUCCUAUUAAAUCCAAUUUUUGCUUUAAAUUGAACGAUCUUCUUCAUGUUCCCUCCAUCACAAAAAAUUUGUUAAGUGUCAGUAAAUUUGCCAAAGACAAUUCAGUGUACUUUGAGUUUCACUCUCAUUGUUGUUUUGUGAAAUCUCAGGUGACCAAUGAAAUCUUACUUCAAGGAGUAGUUGGUUCUGAUGGACUUUAUUCCUUCUCAAAUUUAGAGCUUCAAGGCCCCUCUGUGUUGGUGUCCUCUUCAAUGGCAUCAUCUGUUGAUCCUGCUGUGUCUGCUUGUCCCAAUGCAGUUUCUAAUUCCACUAAUGCAAAUAAAUUUUCUGAUGUAUCUUUGACUCCUAGUUCUCACACUUUGUGGCAUACUAGGCUUGGUCACCCCAAUUCUCAUGUUCUUAAACUUGUUCUUAAUCAUUGUAAUAUUGCUCCAUCUAAUAGAAAUGGAUUUUCAUCCCCAUCCCCUCCC